AUGUUCGAGUAUCACGAUGCUCCUAUAGGAGGACAUCGUGGCCGGGAGAAAACAUAUCUCACGGUGAGUCGAGACUUUUAUCGGCCCCGCCAGUAUCAGUUUGUGCGCAAGUACAUUCGCGCAUGCGAAGUCUUUCAACGAGUGAAGUCAAGUCCUUCACUGCGUGCACCUUUACAGCCUCUACCGGUUCCGGCUGAGUGCUGGGAAUCCAUCUCAAUGGAUUUCGUCUUCGGGUUACCCAAAGACGCACGCGGGAAUACGGGUAUUCUCGUAUUUGUUGACAGAUUCAGCAAAAUGGUACACCUUGUGGCUGUACCAGAGACAAUCACAGCAGGUGGCUGUGCUUGUGUCUUUUUUGACACCAUCUUUCGACUUCAUGGGUUGCCCCGUGAACUCGUAUCAGACAGAGAUCCACGAUUCACUGCUGAUUUCUGGCGUUCCGUGCUCAAAUCACUCGGAACGCGCUUGAAGAUGUCAACAUCUGAUCAUCCAGAGUCAGAUGGUCAGACGGAACGUGCCAAUCGUGUCCUUGAAGAGAUACUUCGAGGAUACGUACACUCCUUUAAGAGUUGGAGUGAGUUUUUGCCAAUGGUAGAGUUUGCCAUCAACAACUCGGUGCAUGCGUCCACGACACAUACACCGUUUUACGUGAAUGGCUUGCGCAAUCCGCGUGUACCCACCUUACUAGAGUGUAACUCUGGUUUAAGGGGGGGGACUCGCGCGAGCAAAAACCGAAUUGGUUCACGCUCAUCACGCUCUGACGAAGAAGUCAUUGCGUUUGAUGCCGAUAUCGAUAACAUCGAUAUCGAAGAAGAUGAUGCCAGUGAGAGUGCGGAAGCCCUCACUGAAGAAGAUGAUCCCAGUGAGAGUGCGGAAGCCCUCACUGAAGAAAAGGUUGAUGUUGCUGCAGUGCGCUCACAGCGCACUGAAGCUAACGAGUCAUCAGAUGAGUUCAUACUGGCUCGUGAAACGGUAGUCCGUUUUGUGCAAGACUCCAUCGCCGAAGCGGUGGAUAAGCAAAAGCAAAACGCUGACAAGAAUGGAAGGGCAAACACUCUUUUAUUUAAUAAAGGUGACUUAGUCCUACUGUCUACGGUUAAUCUACCAAAGCAUGUAGUGACUAACUUGGGUAGCAGUAAACUACUACCCAAGUACAUUGGCCCAUUUCGUGUAUUGCACCGCCUAGGCAAUGCAUACACGAUCGAGUUACCACGUAAGAUGCGAACGCAUCCCACGUUUUACGUUGGUCGGCUUAAGCCGUACCAUCAGUACGCUGCUUCUUCCGAUGAAGAACGCCCUUGCGAUCAAGCAUCUCGCAGAGAGCCUUGUGCUCCCGAUGGUGGGCAUCAACAAGGGUCUGAAGAGCAGCUAUCUCAUCCCGAGACCGAUCAACAAUCUCACGAGCUACCCUUAGCUCGUCACGAAGAGAUGUCAGAGAUCUCUCGUUCUCAAGCUGAGAAAAGGCAAACUCAGCUCGAUGCUUCGAGGCAGUGUCCGCCAUUUGGAGACGCCUAUUCCGCUCAUGCUCGAGAUCGUCGCGUAACCCUUGCGUUACGCGAUCAAAGAAGCUCUCGGGAACACACGCAUCCCCACGAUAGUUUAAAGAGCGUCUUUCCUCCUCCUCCACCUCCAUUAGAGGACUCUCGCGGUGGCCAGCGCUAUCUAGUUGAGCAGCUGUUGAACCACCGCGACGUGAACGGACGUCGGACGAGUUAUCUCGUCCGGUGGCGCGGCUAUCCCCCGUCCUGGGAUUCUUGGGAGCCCCGCUCCCAACUGAUGAUCGACGUACCGGGUCUGGUUGAGCAGUACGACGCGGCACAUCCUGUGCCGCAGAAGGACCGCCGGAGAAAGUAUUCCCGGCACGGUCGUAAAGGGAUUUCAGGUUGUCAAUCCCUUCUUACAUCUCAGUAG